GUCAACAGGCUGAACCGGGUUCGGACGGGACAUCACUACGACUGGAUAACAAAAACAAACCUGUGCUCCACAGACUCCUGCCACUUACCCGAACUUUAUUUCCACCUGAAAAGCUCUCUAGACGCAAAACUUUUUCGUGACAGUUUAACACGGGUUUCCAGCGUUUUUUGGGAUGUGACAUCCAAGUGGAGACUUUGCGCGCAGGCGGAGCUCCGCGUCCCCCGGUCAGACUUGCGUUAGUUCACGGCGAACUUGCUCACUUUCGAAGCUUUUUUUUUUUUUUUUUUUUAUGGUUACAUUUAAAUGACAGAGUAGCACUUGUAUCAAUUCACCUCUCCCUCGAGCAUGGCGGAAGCGGCGCAGCAGCAGCCACACCUGGUGGAGAUCGACCCGGACUUCGAGCCGCUGUCGCGGCCGCGCUCCUGCACUUGGCCGCUGCCGCGGCCGGAGUUCAUCACCCCGGGAGACUCCGACACGUCCUCGCCGGUGCCCUCCGUGAAGCAGGAGCCCGCCGACUACAUCCCCAACCUGAGCCUGCUGGAGGAGAGCGAGGACUUCGCGGAGCAGAAGUGCGGUGAGUUCCCGUGUCAGGAGAACUGCGUCCACCACCAGCAGCAGCAGCAGCAGCCUCCUCCUCCUGCUGCUGCUGGUCCUGCUCCGCAGCAUCAGCAUCAUCAGCAUCAGCAGCAGCAGCAGCACCCGAACCCGCAACUCCCGCAUCAGCAGCAUCAGCAUCCUCAACAGCAGCAGCAGCAGGUGCCUCUCCUCUCCACGCCGGUGGGCUCGUCGCCCUCGGCGGCCGCGGCCGCGGCUGCAGCCGCCGCGCAGAGGAAGAGCAGCUCCUCCCGGCGCAACGCGUGGGGGAAUAUGUCAUAUGCAGACCUCAUAACCAAAGCGAUCGAAAGUUCCCCGGAGAACAGGUUGACUCUGUCCCAGAUUUAUGACUGGAUGGUGAAGAGUGUGCCUUACUUUAAGGACAAAGGAGACAGCAACAGCUCUGCGGGCUGGAAGAACUCCAUUAGACACAACCUGUCCCUGCACAGCCGCUUUGUUCGCGUCCAGAAUGAGGGGACGGGGAAGAGCUCGUGGUGGAUGCUGAACCCGGAGGGUGGGAAGAGUGGAAAGUCCCCACGACGCAGGGCAGCCUCCAUGGACAACAACAGCAAGUUCGCAAAGAGCAGGGGACGGGCAGCAAAGAAAAAGCUGUCCCUGCAGGGUGGCCCUGACGGAGGUGCCGACAGCCCGGGCUCCUACUCCAAGUGGCCCGGCAGCCCCAACUCCCACAGCAACGACGACUACGACGCGUGGAACAGCUUCAGGCCCCGGACCAGCUCCAACGCCAGCACUCUGAGCGGCCGACUCUCCCCCUUCAUGCCCGAGGACGAGCUGGGGGAAGCGGACGUGCACAUGGGCUACCCGGGGGCUCCGGGGACCAAGAUGACGGCCACGCUGCCCAGCCUCACGGAGAUGACGGGCUCUCUGGGACACAGCUCCGAGAACGUCAUGGAGAACCUCCUGGACAACCUCAACCUGCUCUCGCCCAACAACUCCCAGGUGGGAGGAGGGGCCACCACCCCCGGCUCCUCCCAGUCCUCCCCCUCAUCCAUGAUGCAGUCAAGUCCGGGCUACCCGGCGUACAGCUCCCCCAGCAUGGCCCCGCAGACGCAGCAGGAGUACCACAAGUGCGUGUACGGUCAGGCGGGCUUGCCGUCCAUGCCGCUGCAGACCCUCUCGGAGACCAAGCCCAGCUUCGGGCCCAGCAUGAGCCAGUACGGCUGCCCCGCAGGGCUCCUGAAGGAACUGCUGACGUCGGACACCGACCAGCACGGAGAGCUCAUGCCGUCCGUGGACACGGUGGUUUCUCAGUCCAGCGGCUGCAUGCUGCCACCGUACAGCAGCAGUCAGCACGCGGCCAAACUCAUGGCGGGAGGGAACGGUCACCCGCACGGCCUCCCUCACGCUCUCCCCCACAACGUGCACAGCCACGCCCCGGCCCCAUCCCCAGCCAUGAACGGCCGCCUGCUCAUGUCUCUGAGCUACAGCGGGGGCACCGGUCGCCUGCCGCCGGUCAAAACCCCCAUGCAGAUGCCUUACGGACUCUCCAGCCACCUCGGCGGGGGGGGCAUGCCCGGGGGCUUCUGUCCCCUCAACACCAACGGAUACGGCCGACCGGGCAUGUCAGCGCCUUCGCACACGGAGAAACUGCCCAGUGACUUGGACGACAUGUCCAUCGAGAAGUUUGAGUUCGACAUGGAGACGGUGCUCCACGACACCCUCAUGGACGGGGACUCCCUAGACUUCAACUUUGAGCCGGUGGUGACCCAGCCAAGUUUCCCUCACGGGGUGAAGACCACCACACACAGCUGGGUGUCUGGGUAGGAACUGCAACAGGAAACAAGUCCCGUUCAGCUCAUUUUGUUGUUGGCGUUUAGCAAAAGACACAAACUGAUUUUAGACGGAAAGUCGCCCCCCCACUCCCCCUACAACACCUUUCAGGUGCGAUCCAGCAACAUUCCCGUUUCCUGAAAGUACCUCUCAAGUACGAUUCACUUCAGCAGCAGACCGCCGCUGGUCGCGACCAGCUGCGGAAAAAUCCUCACGAGGUCCCCUGAAAUUGAAACCAGGUUUAUUUUUCGAAUAUCAAAGUCUGCACAAGUGCCAAACAUUUUUGCCUAAACGAAAGAGCCAAAACUGAAACACACAUUUGGAGUUUGGAGUUUUACAGAUACUGUAAAGCAGAUGAAUUUAUUGGUUUUUGCCAGAGACACUGCCGAAUACAUCUCAUCAUUAUCAUCAUCAUCAUCAUCAUCAUCAUCAUCAUCAUCAUCAUCAUCAUCAUCAUCAUCAUCAUCAUCAUCAUCGGCAGUAGCAGCAGCAGCAGCACAAACUCACCUUAUUUAUCAUUUCAUCAAUAAAGCUUUUUGUACGUACAAGUUAUAACCCAUUACUGCUACAGGCGGCUCAUGAGUUUGUGGAGUUAAAUGCUAAAAAUUGAGCUCAGACGACCCUUUCGCUACGUUGCAUCAUCAUAACAUACAUAUUUGCCUGAAUGUACAUAAUGUAAUCAUAGAGUUUGUAAAAUCAGGUCUCUUGUUGUGUAUUUUUUUAAGUUUGUAAAUACUGUUUACAAAAAUGGAAGCAAAAACCAAGCCAGCAGAUAUGAGCUCACACAGAAACUGGAUCCGAGUCGGGGGGGGGGGGACAGGUCAGCCAGGCGGGAAAAAUUGAUAUUACACCUUCUGCUUUCGUGUACAUACAUUAAGAAUGUAUAUUGAAAUGAUGUAGUAGAUGUUUACUAGAUUUUAGAAUAUAUUUGAGAGCUAAGUUAUUUGUGGUUAAUAUAGAUUUAUUGUGGUGCAAAACCCUGCACGCAGACAUCCGAAUUGUUCUGUUACGUGUCACUCUGAACCUUAAUACCACAGGGGCCUACUCGUUGUGCCUAACACGUUUGAACCGCUGGCUGGAAAGGUUCAGUAUUUGAAACGACCACGGUCCAGAAGAUACACAAAUCCAGCAGUCUUGAAGAAGAAAAGUUGUUAUUUUUUUUCGAUUUCUUGCUUUUGCCUUUUUUUUUUGUUUUUUUUUUGCAGAAUUUAAGAAGAAAGUGUAAAUUGUUAUAGUUUUGGUUUCCUGAAUACAUUUUUGGAGCUCCGGACGUUACAAAGUCAAGAUAGUUUUGUCAGUGCUACUGCUGUUUUAAUGCAAGUAAUCAGCCUGUGCCCUGCUCACUUUUUAGUGCUUUUUGAGAUUUAUUCAGAAAAGUAGAAUUGUUUUUAAUCCAAAGGAGCCUUCUAAUGCUGUCCUACAGCCUCACUGCUUUCCCUCUGCCCCUGCUACCUCUGCGUCUCAUUGUCUUUACGAACAUACAAUAGUCAUCUUUCCUCUAAUGACGAGUCUGUCGUUGUUAUUUUUGUUUCCCCUAAAAAAGAAACACUUAAGCAUCUGAUCUUGGCUUGUAUAUUUGCAUUUUAAAUCUUUCUUUUCCCACUUAUUUCUGUACUAACAGACAUUUCAGCUCGCCAGAAACUCUAGAAAAAAAUGUAGAGAGAAGUCUAAAAAGAUGACUGCCUCUGAUGAAAUCAACUUAUCUGAUGGUUGGAAGACCAAGCCGCUCAGAGAUAAAACAAAUCUAUUUAACAUGAAUGUUUAUUGCAUGAUUUAUCGGGAAGCCACAUUUAUCAGCAGUCAAUCCUGCCCCAGCCUGCAUUCAUAAGUGGGCCCCAUAUGACUUAAAAGUGGGCUUAAAGAUGGGUCAUGGCCAUGGUGACCGUACAUGCAUUUGCCCGCAUGGACACAGAGUGGGAUCUGUUUUGUUUUUCUUUUUUCUAAUGUGGGCCAUAUGUUACUGAAACUAUAUGGAACCCUCACACCCUUUUUCUUAGCUCAUGCACAUUUCCCGAAUAUUUGGCCUCAGCGCCAUUGGCCUCUCACCAGUUUCAAGCCCAAGCCCACUCUCUACCCAAGUAUGGGGCUCACAUGGGCUGGCUGGGGUGAUUGUAUUUUUUUAUUUAAGCCAUAUCACCAAGUUAUAUGCUCCUAAACUACAGACGACAGCUCUGUGAUGAGAGUAGUUUGUUUUAUUUUUGAAAAUUUGCAUCGUUUAGACCAAGUGAUCUGGAGCAAGUACACCUAAAGAAGGUAGUUUUUUUAUUUUUGUUUACCAUUUAAAAGGCAGAGGAGCCCAAAAAAGAAGCUGCUGUUUGGCUUUGUCGCCAGAUGUUGCCUUUUCUUAACCAAUCAUGCCACAGUGUACUAUAGCCACACAUGCCUUUGAAGUCAAAAUGAUAUAUUUAGCGUUUUUAUCAUGUGCAUGUACAUAUAAAUAUAUAUAUAUAUAUAUAUAUAUAUAUAUAUAUAUAUAUAUAUAUAUAUAUAUAUAUAUAUAUAUAUAUAUAUAUAUAUAUAUAUAUAUAUAUAUAUAUAUAUACAUACAUAUAUACAUACAUACAUAUUCGUGCCGGUCACUCAAGUCAUUAACUGUAAUGAAUACAUGUAGGUUUACUCUAAAAUGUAAAGAGCUGUACUAAAUAAAUUAUAUCUCUACAUUUUCAAAUGAUUGAAUCUAUGCAUUGUACUCCUUAAUUCUAUGUUGCUGUUAUUAUAUUUUCUUUUCCCUUGAAGUUUUAACAGAGAUAUUUUAUUGUAUCAUAGCGCUGUGAGAUGUUACGGUGUUGUUGUCGUCAAAACUCUAUGUUUCAGAUUGUUAUAUGGGAGGAAUAAAAAGAAGUUUAUUUAGCAAACUAGAUGAUGCAGUGAUUGAUCCGCUAAGCUUUUGUUAACUGACAAUGUUGUCGUAUUCAGCUACGGUUUUUAGAAAACGGCAUCAAAAAAACAAAUUACUGAAAGAAAAAAAAAAAAGAGAAGUUAAGAUUUAUUGCAUUUUUAAAAUGAAACCCACAAUAUUUAUUAAUGCGAGAAGUCCUGCUCAAGAUGCAUAUUUUGGACCAAUUUAGAUAUUGCACUUUUAUUCACAUUUUAUAACAAAGGGCUCCUCAUAGAAAGAGGAAGAAUUCCCAUGACUUAUUUUAGAAGAAAAAUCUGUUACAUUUACCUUAUACAGGAGAUAAAUUGUAAUUGUGGCAUGUGAUUUGCAAUCAAUAAGAAUAUGUAAAUUGUUCUAUAUUAAUGUUUUAAAACUUAAAUAAAUGUACU